AUGAAAGGAUUUCUCGCUGUGAUUUUGAACAUGGGUAUUGUGAGGAAGCCAACAAUACCUGAAUAUUGGAAUAAGAGUUACGACAGCCAGUUAAGCCGUUGGUUUAUGAAAUUGUUCUCACGAAAUCGGUUUCAACUCAUAUUGAAGUUUUUCCACCUCGUGGACAACAAAAAAAUUCCAAACCGUAACAGUCCAAAUUACAGACCCGACAGUAAAAUUCGCCCCUUGAUUGACCAUUUCAACCGUGUCGCCACUUAUUUCUACACGCCCGACCGGAACAUUUGUGUGGACGAAUCAUUGAUUGGUACAAGAGGUCGCACAGCAAUGCUCCAAUACAUCCCGUCAAAAGCAGCAAAAUUUGGAGUGAAAUUCUGGGUAUUAGCCGAAAGUACAACUGGAUAUGUUGCACAUUUGAAAUGCUAUCUAGGUAAAAAGUUUACUCCCACAUCCAAUCUUUUACAAGGAACAGAAGUAGUCCUGCGACUCCUAAAAAACUGCAACUUACUCCAGAAAGGUUAUCAUGUUGUCUGUGACAGUUUUUUCUGCAGUUUUGACCUCGCAAGAAAAUUAAUAGACUUGAACACGUAUUUGACAGGAACCUUAAGAUCUAACCGAAAAAUUGUGUAUGUAAGACAAGGUGAAAUUUUGGCAGCAGCGUACAAGGGGAGGGAGAGUAAAAAACCAGUUAGAAUGAUCAGUACUUUUAUCAAUGCAGCCAACUCAAAUGGAAAGCCAAAAAUAAUACAACAUUAUAACAUGAAUAUGGGGGGAGUGGAUGGGGCAGAUAUGAUGCUACACUUUUAUAAUGAUAAUCGCAAAUCUACUAAAGUCUGGAAAAAACUUGCCAUUAAUAUCAUUCAUCGAAUGUGCAGUAACGCCUACAUCCUGUACAGAAAGAACACAUCAGAUGCACCAGUGAAAUCCCGUCUGAGAUUUAUACAAGAGGUGAUUGAGGCCCUAAGUAGUGAGUACCUGGUCGGCAGGAACCAGCCCGUCAGAGGCGUGAGGCAAACGAGACGGGACGUUACAAUCCAACACAUCCAAGGCAGAAAAGAAAAGGACUGUGUCGCAUGCUCUGACAGAGCCACAGGGCAAAGGCGGAGAUCAAGAACGCAAUGCACGAGAUGUUUAAGAGGCCUCCACUUUGCCUGUUUAAAAAAUCAUUUGUGUAUGGAGGAAUAG